AUGCGUCAACAACUAAAAUCCGUAUGGUAUUUUCAGACGGACAAAGAAAUUGACAAGCUGGAUUCGCAAAUCAAUAAGAAAUAUUGUGGCAUCGAGACAAAGGAUGGAUGCCGUUUCCUGUUCGCUUACCAUUUGCCCGAACAAGAAACCUCUAGCAACAAACACUUUGUCGCCUUCGCGGAAAUAGCUCGAAGAUUAAAACGUACAAUAGUGCUGACCAACGUUGGUCGGUCUAGGAUUCGGUGGGAUCGUAUGCUUCCUUUUGAAUUUUAUUAUGACGUUGAAACACUUCAGAAAAAAUUUCCGGAUGUAAGAUUUAUUACACAAGAAGAAUUUAGGAAGUGGACCAAGGAACGGUACAAUAAACCCAACGCUAUCCAUGCAAGAAUUGAAAGGUUGGAACCAAUAAAUGUCGAAAAGUUUGUCAAACCCGACUUUGGCGCACUGAAAAAAAUGAAAAGGUUUGAUUUUGCAUUCGACAAUUCAUCCGCGUUUUUGCAGCUCAACAUUGGCGACGAUAGUUCUUGGAUGACGGGAGAAGGCAACAGAAACAUGUUAAAUUUCCUUACAACCACACUAAAUUCAAAAGCAGAAGUAGUGCUAUUAGUUCACGACCGAAAGUUUCUGAUAGAAACAACUAAUCCUGUCCCUUAUGCAAAGCAUUUAACUAACGCUGCUGAAAAGGUCAUAAAAAAAUUGGAUAAAUACAUUGCAAUUCAUUGGCGAAUGGAAAGGGGCGAGGUCGCGAUGAUGCCCGAGUGUGCGAAACGACUGGUAGUUUAUCUCGAACGCUUAGCUUCGAAAACUGGUAUUAAUAAUAUUUAUCUCGCUACCGAUUAUCCACUAUUGCAGAAACCACAGUCCGAUACGUUUCAUAAAUUAGGUGAUGAACAUCACCAGGCGAUGAAAAUUCUUAAUUCAUCGUUUCAUUUAAAUACAUGGGUUUCAACCCAUUCGCUAGAUUAUUUAAAGGAAUAUACUGAUUUAGCAAAACCAUUAGAGGAUGAAUUAGCAGGAGGCGGGCUACAGGGAAUUUUAGAUAAAUUAAUAUUAAUAAAUGCGAACUAUUUUAUCAGUGGAUCAAAAGGUUGUUGUAGGAUUCGUAGCAAGUAUACCCUAAGAGUCGCGGAGGAGAGAAAAAGAUUAUUUAAAAAAGGCACAGUAAGAAUUAAAAAUAUUAUUGAUCGGUGGUAA